UGCUGACUACAACACACUAAUACACCCCCAUACCAUCACACAUGCUGACUACAACACACUAAUACACCCCCAUACCAUCACACAUGCUGGCUUUUCAACUUUGUGCCUAUAACAAUCCGAAUGGUUGUUUUCCUCUUUCAAUCAAUCAAUCAAUGUUUACUUAUAUAGCCCUAAAUCACUAGUGUCUCAAAGGGCUGCACAAACCAAAACACAAACCACUACGACAUCCUCGGUAGGCCCACAUAAGGGCAGGGAAAACUCACACCCAGUGGGACGUCGGUGACAAUGAUGACUAUGAGCCAGAGACAGAGAUGACUUACUUCCUCUUUGUUCUGGAGGACACCAUGUCCUCUGUUUCCAAAUAUGAUUUGAAAUGUGGACUCGUCAGACCACAGAACACCUUCCACUUUGCAUCAGUCCAUCUUAGGUGAGCUCGGGCCGAGCCAACCCGGCGGCUUUUUUAAGGAUAUUGUUGAUAAAUGGGUUUUGCUUUGCAUAGUAGAGUUUUAACUUGCACAUACAGAUUUACCGACCAACUGUAGUUACUGACAAUGGUUUAAUGAAGUGUUCCUGAGCCCAUGUGGUGAUAUCCUUUACACACCGAUGUUGGUGUUUGAUGCAGUACUGCCUGAGGGAUCAAAAGCCCGUAAUAUCAUUGCUUACGUGCAGUGAUUUCUCCAGAUUCUCUGAACUUUUUGAUGAUUUUACGGACCGUAGAUGGUAAAAUCCCUAAAGGCCUACUGAAAUGAGAUGUUCUUAUUUAAACGGGGAUAGCAGCUCCAUUCUAUGUGUCAUACUUCAUCAUUUUGCAAUAUUGCCAUAUUUUUGCUGAAAGGAUUUAGUAGAGAACAUCCACGAUAAAGUUGGCAACUGGAGAAAAGCCCUGCCUGUACCGGAAGUCGCAGACGAUGACGUCACAUGUUGAUGGCUCUUCAUAUAUUCACAUUGAUUUUAAUGGGAGCCUCCAACAAAAACAGCUAUUCAGACCGAGAAAACGACAAUUUCCCCAUUAAUUUGAGCGAGGAUGGAAGAUUUGUGUUUGAGGAUAUUGAUAGCGACGGACUAUUCAUCCAUCCAUCCAUCCAUCCAUCCAUCCAUUUUCUACCGCUUAUUCCCUUUUGGGGUCGCGGGGGGCGCUGGCGCCUAUCUCAGCUACAAUCGGGUGGAAGGCGGAGUACACCCUGGACAAGUAAAUAAAAAUAAAAACAAGUUAAAAAAAAAAACGCGAUUGCAAUCGCGUUGCAUUGAGAGGGAUUCAUAUUUUUUUAGAGACAUUUACUAGGAUAAUUCUGGGAAAUCCCUUAUCUUUCUAUUGUGUUGCUAGUGUUUUAGUGAGUUAAAUAGUACCUGAUAGUCGGAAGUGUACGUCCACGGCCGGGUGUUGACGCGCAGUGUCUCGGGGAAGUCGACGGCAGCUGUACGAAGAAGCGACUUUUUAACCACAAUUUUAUCACCAAAACCUGCUGGUUGACUUUCGGUUGGGAUCCAUGUCCGCUGUGAUCCAUAGUAAAGUUUCACCUCCGGGAAUUUUAAACAAGGAAUCACCGUGUGUUUGUGUGGCUAAAGGCUAAAGCUUCCAAACUCCAUCUUGCUACUUUGACUUCUCCAAUAUUAAUUGAACAAAUUGCAAAAGAUUCAGCAACACAGAUGUCCAAAAUACUGUGUAAUUAUGCCGUUAAAGCAGACGACUUUUAGCUGUGUGUGUGUGCAGCGCUCAUAUUCAGAACAGCCCGUGAGGUCACGCGUACACGUCAUCAUUACGCGACGUUUUCAAGAAAAAAGUCCCGGGAAAUUUAAAAUUGCAAUUUAGUAAAGUAAAAAGGCCGUAUUGGCAUGUGUUGCAAUGUUAAUAUUUCAUCAUUGAUAUAUAAACUAUCAGACUGCGUGGUGGCUAGUAGUGGCUUUCAGUAGGACUUUAAAUUCCUUGCAGUAGCUCGUUGAGAAAUGUUGUUCUAAAACUCUUCGACAAUUUGCUUACAAAGUGGUGACCCUCGCCCCAUCCUUGUUUGUGAAUUACUUAGCAUUUCAUGGAAGCUGCUUUUAUAGCCAAUCAUGGCACCCACCUGUUCCCAAUUAGCCUGCUCACCUGUGGGAUGUUCCAAAUAAGUGUGUGAUGAGCAUUCCUCAACUUUAUCAGUAUUUAUUGCCACCUUUCCCAACUUCUUUGUCACAUGUUGCUGGCAUCAAAUUCUAAAGUUAAUGAUUAUUUGCAAAAAAAAAAUGUUUAUGAGUUUGAACAUCAAAUAUGUUGUCUUUGUAGCAUAUUCAACUGAAUAUGGCUUGAAAAGGAUUUGCAAAUAAUUAAUUCCAUUUAUAUUUACAUCUAACACCAUUUCCCCAACUCAUAUGGAAAUGAGGUUUGUAGUUGGGUGCUGAGUGCACUUUCAACCUUCAAUUUGUCCUUGUCCGAGGCCAGGAUGGCAAAAUGGUCCGCGAACAGGAACAAAUUGCUGGGAUGGAAUUGUAAAAACAAGACGGUCCCUGAAUGGUAUGGCAAGCAGCAGUUGAGAAUGGAAUGGUUGGCGCCCUAAUGACAUAAGUAUGUUGUCCUUUGUAGUUGAGAGGCACAGGAAAGAGAAGAUAAAUGCUGGAAUUAACCGCAUUGGUAACCUUCUGCCCUGUUCGCAAGCACUCCGACAGAGUAAGAACAUGAUCCUGGACCAGGCCUUUCGCUACAUCACCGAGCUGAAGAAACAGAAUGAUGCCAUGCUGCUGGAGGGCGGCGACAAAGUCCAAGCGGAGGAGAUCCGCCGACUGCGGCGUCAACUGGAUGAGCUUCGCAAGGAGAGCGCUCACUACAUCGAGCUCCUCAAAUCCCAUGACAUCAACCUUCUGGAGGACCUUACCCUUCACUGGAAGGGUAAGCAGAGCUGCACCAAGGUGGCCAAAGUGACGCCCACCUAUCAGCCCCCAAAGGGAAUAAUGGUCUACUCUGACGGAAAGGAGGCGUGUCCUGGCAAACAGCAGUCUGACUCGUUAAUUCUUCAGGCUCCUACUGAGGUCGGCGCAAAGUUAAGGGUCAAUGGAACCUUGCUGCACAUUGAGGCUUCUUCCACCGCUUCCACGGUCCCACAUAGCCAGUCUACAACAGGUCUCGCUGUGGUGGAGCAGAUCCCAGUCGUCCCCUCUUUGCCACCGUCUGUGUCCUACAUCACCCUUCAGCUCCCCCAACACACCAACAUGGCUACUUCAGCAUGCCCACACCUCACUCAAAGCCCACCUCUUUCCAGCUUCACAACACUGGUUCAGACCAUCACCACGACAACUGCCAUACAGGACACGACUACCAGAACUGUAGCUUAUACCGCCAUCCGCAACAGCCAAGCUCUCCUCAGGGCGGGGGCGGCCAGCAGCACGCAAACCACGUGGACGACGCUGCAGAUGGCAGGCAACACGGUGCAGCCUGUCUGUCAGAGUCUUGGCAGCACUACUCAGUCUGUCCACCAAGUGACAGUGUGUCCUCCUCCUGGUCAACCCAUUCAAAUACACAUGCAACCUCCUGUGCAGCAAUCCCCCAUCAGCACCCACAUUCAAGCAAGAACGCCCCAGCUACGACCUUCCAUUCAGACGCUUCUCGCCCCCGAACCUCAGACACUCCUCGCCCCCCAACCCCAGUGCGCCGUGUUACCACAAUCUGCCAUCGUACCUCAGCCACCUAUGGUAGCUCACCCUGCUAUCGUCUCUCAGCCACAAUCUGAUGUUCUUCAGCCAGCCUCAUUAGUUCCUCACCCUCCUGCUGCCAUUCUCCCUCAACCUCAGCCUAAGGUGCCCCAGCAGCAGGCCACCGUGCUUCCCCUCCUGCAGACCAUGCAGGUGUUACAGGUCAACCCUAACGUUGCGUCAGUCUCUUCACCGCAGAACACACACAAUGCCAGUGUGGUCAUCUUACAGCAGGCCAGUUCCUGCCCAAGCCAGCCGGUCUUAAGAGAAGACAAGCCAACGCCAUGUCAGCACAUUGUUAUCAUCCAGGCCCCCAAUCAAGCUGCCCCCGCCCCUCAGAAUUCUCAGGUGGGCCUGGUGCCUGCUUCCUUACCUGCAGUGUCAACUCAAACACCCACACCCAGCAGCUCGUCAUCAACCGUGCAGAGUGUAAGCGGCAAGCAGCUGGUGCACAUCCUCCCACGCCCGGCUCAGCCUCCAGUGAGCCAAGCGCUCACCGGUCCAGGGCUCCAAGCAACCCCACAGACCAUCACUGUGAAUGGGCAGGUGUUUGCUCUGCAGCCCAUGACAACGUCAGACAAAAGCACCCCGCAGGGCGUCCAGAGUAAAAUCCAACUGGUCCAGCCCACCACCACAGAGGAGCCGACAACUAAUGUUGCGCUUAAGAGUUUGGGAGCCCUCAGCAGUUUGAACCAGAGCAUCUCUCAGGGCCUUCCACUUAGCAUCACUAGUCAGAGCAACAGCGUCCCGCCUCCACCUGCUGCAUCAACAGUGGUCCUGCAGCGGCCUGCUCCUUUGACAGUUCCUGCAAAAACCAUCAAACAGGGCCUAGGGCCUAGUGCUCCUAAACCUGUAGGAAAGAGGCUCAGGACUUCUCUUCAUGCUAAGCGGUCUGCAGGUAAAAAGACCAAAGCAUCAAAUAAGAGUGAGCCUAGCUGGGCUUGCUUAGACAUUUCUUCCAUGGUCACCACCACCAUCAGUGAUGCUGUAAAAAAUGCUACCGCCACAUUAACACUUUCACCCAGUAAUUCACAGCCGCAAAGUUUAGGCUCUGUCAGCUCCACUCAGAGUGAUCUUAUUCUCAGGCAAACCAAAACCAGUGUGACACAAGCAGUUGUCAGCGCAACAUUAGUCAAGCCUUCAGAGAGCGAUAAAACAUCUUCCAGCAGUAGCUCCGUUGGAAGCAAAGUUUUCGACUCCGGAGUAAAAAAGUCACCCACUAAGUCAGUAACCUUCACUACGCAAAGCAAGACAGCGCCACCUGCUGCUAAACAAAGCAGAUGUGUUGUUACAACCGCUUGUCCUAUGGCAGUCUGUGGCACAGCUGCAACAUCCAUAGCUCCCAGCACGCCAAACAGCUCAGCUUCUUGUCCCCAGCAAACCACAACAACGCCUUUGCCUUGUAAGAAGCCAGUUCCCUCCUCCACAGUAUCCACAAGCGUCACCCUGUCUUCAUCAGUCAGCUCCAGUACUGCCGCAACAAUUUGUUCAGAGUUGAGAAAAGGAUUCAUGGCCACAAGAGAGCAGCAGCCGGAAGUCCAAGUGCCCGACUCUGCAGAAAAACCCAGACAGCUCCAGGAAGAACGAGCAAUCACACGAACAGAGACCCUAUCUGACGUGACAUCUAAAAAAGACUUUGCGCUCCCUCAUGGGUUGUACACUAAUCUGGGCGACCAAGCAACGGAGCACCCCACACGGACAGAUUCCCCCAUCUCGUCAGUGGUGGAGGGAGUUCGAGACUUCUCUGUGGCCUCCAUGCUCCCUCAGGGUCAAAGUAUAAGUGCCUCUUCCGCUACCUUCGGCACCUUCACGUUCACUUCAGAGCAGGCUGAGAUGUUAGCCCUGGCCAUGUUGGAGCAGGAUUGUCCUGGGAGGAGGACUGGAAGCUGCACCGGGAGCGAUGCAACACCAACCAACAACACCGCACCAAGCGACACCACCGCACCAAGCGACACCACCGCACAAACCAACGACAGCGCGCAAUCCAACGACGCCGCACCAUCCCACGACGCCGCACCAUCCCACGACGCCGCACCAUCCCACGACGCCGCACCAUCUCACGACGCCGCACCAUCCCACGACGCCGCACCAUCCCACGACGCCGCACCAUCCCACGACGCCGCACCAUCUCACGACGCCGCACCAUCCCACGACGCCGCACCAUCCCACGACGCCGCACCAUCCCACGGCGCCGCACCAUCCCACGACUCCGUACCAUCCCACAACUCCGCACCAACCAACAACAACGCACCAUCACACAACACUGCACCAUCACACAACACUGCACCAUCACACAACACCGGACCAUCACACAACACUGCACCAUCACACAACACCGCACCAUCACACAACACCAACACUGCACCAUCACACAACACCGGACCAUCACACAACACCGGACCAUCACACAACACCGCACCAUCACACAACACCGGACCAUCACACAACACUGCACCAUCACACAACACCGGACCAUCACACAACACCGCACCAUCACACAACACCGCACCAUCACACAACACCGCACCAUCACACAACACCGGACCAUCACACAACACCGCACCAUCACACAACACCGCACCAUCACACAACACCGCACCAACCAACAACACUGCAGCGGCUUGGGAGCCUCCAAAAGUGUCUGUUAAUAAAGACAAGACUGUGCAGCAGACCAAAGUUAGCAAACCUUUGGACACAGUGAAAGUUCCAGUUCAAGUGUCAACCAGAGGACAAGUUGGAGAUGUCUCUGUCAGUGGGAGCAGUAUAAGCAGACACCCUCAGAACUUGGCUCAUCACAUCUUGUACUCACAGCCUCAGUCUGUCCCUCAGGUCCAGACUCAGAGUGGCCCAGUGGCAAGCCUGAGUGUCAAUAACCUGAUCAGACCCAGCUCCUCGCAGCAGCCCUACCCUGCCGCUCCCAAUCUGGCAGCCCAGCAGGCCUCAGGACCCACAUCCGCUACCGCUGCCUUCGUCCAUGAAUCCCGAGGCUCCAACAACUCGCACAACAGCAGUUCUGGUGCGUCCCAGCUCAACGAAUACGCCCCCAUGAAAACGGCUCUAAUGAGGGCUCAGGCCGAGCGCCAGGUCAAGAUCAUCUCAAAGCGGCAGGCCCAGGAGGAGGCCAUGCUCAACACGGGAAAGCGAGCCAAACCUUGUCCGGCGCCGCCACCUGCUGUAGGCCAAAGGGACGUGAAGGCAGCGGAACACAGUCAGAUGAUGGUGGGACAGCUUCCCUCCUCAUCUUCAGCCAUGGCGAGGAUUCAUCCUGAAGGCUCGCUCUUCUCGCCAAACUCCUUUAUGAGCCCCCCUGAGCACAACCAGCCUGGAGUGCUCCAUUUGCCCCAAAGUCAUCCACAGCAUCCACCAGCCCAGCCUGGACAGCAUCUGGGAGGUAACAUCUACAUGAAGCAGCAGCAAGAGCAACACAGGCACCAUCUUUAUCACCUCCAACACCACCUGACUCAGCCCGAUCCCGCACAGCGACACUCGCUCCACCAGAGGGCACUGCAGGAACAGCAGCAGCAGCAGAAGAAGCGGGGGCUGGGCUCACCCGCCGGCAUGCAGCAGAAGCAGCAUCACCUGGAGAAGCAGCAGCACUCACAUCAGCAACAGGCUGGACAUCAGCAUGCCCAACAACAACAACAACAACAUCAACAACACCAAGCGUCCCAUCCUCAGCAGCACCAAGCACACCAAGCACAGCACCAACAACAUCAUCAACAACUGCAGCAGAACUCUCAUUCCAGACACCAGCAGCAUCUUCAGCAGAUUCAACAUUUUAGACAUCAGGAGAAAAGCUGCGACACCCAGGCUCCUGGAACCAGAACCCUCCACGGCAACCAUUUGGCCCAGCAAGACCACCUCAAGCCGGCUCAGGAUCACAGCGCCAUGCAGCGGAUGAUGAGUUCUCGGACUCUGGAGCAGCAGCAGCUCAUCUCGUCUCCUAGCAACCCCGUCUCCCGUCCAUCUGAGCUGUCCUGUGUUCCAUCCCGCCAGGAGCGCCACCGCGUGUCCAGCUACUCCGCCGAGGCACUCAUAGGGAAAAGCCCGACGAGCGGCGACCAGCAGCAGCGUUUGGCGCUGCAACUGCAGUCGGGCCGUGCUGCAGCCCAGGACCAGCCUGACCUGCGAGCGUACAUGAACACCAACACGCGGGCGAAAGCCAACAUGGCACACAACCCCCAGAACCGCCUCCCGUCGGAGCAGCACCCAACUGACAUCCAGAGGGUCUCAGAGUGCCCCCCCUUCAAGGCCAUGGCGGCAGGAGGACACCAACUGACCGGAUUCGAGGCGCAGGUUUCACGCAGCGGCGACAUGGCCCCUAAGCCGGGACCCCCGUCCCAGCGGGGACCUUCGGGCCAGCAGCAAGGGACCUUCAGGAUGAGUGUAGCCCCCCCGGCAGACAGUAGAAACCGCUAUGCUGGUAUCCAACUUGGCUCUCAGGGGUCACAAGGGGAAGCGUGUCACCAGACCUUCAUGCAGAGCCUCCUUUCCCCCCACAUGCUGGAGCACAGCAACCACCAGAGGGUGGCACAGUGCUGCCCCCCGGUCAGCAUGGAGUACGCCUGUGGCCCCCCAUCAGCAGACAUCCAGACCGCCAAGAGCUCCAGUCCCAAUGUGCCCCCCAGCCAGAAGGCCUCGGCCAUGAGUAACAAAGGUCAUAUCUCUCAGGUGAACACCAACAUGCACGGGGUUGUCCGAGUGGGUGUGGCCCACCCUCCCACGCCUCACAGCAGCUCUGAACCCGGUCGCCCUACUGCUGUCUCGAGGCCGCCCCCAGUCGUAAGCCAGCAUUCACGCCACAUCGCCCGGGACAAUCAGAGCACCAAACUGAGACCGGGCGAACGGCCCAGAUCUGGAACUUUACGUCCCGCUAACCCCUUUGAGGCCGAGCCCCACCUGCCGGGGGGGAUGCUGCUGGGCCGGCCUCAGCCCCCAUCAGGGGGCGAGGCUAGGCGUAGCGCCAUUGUUCGCUUUAUGGCGGACGGCUCUCAGCCACCUGGCGACAACGGCCUUGUGCCUGAACAACACCUGACGCAGAACUUUGGCUUCCCUUUUAUCCCCGAGAGUGGCAUAAACCCUCCACCCCCCAUUAACGCCAACUCCACUUUCAUCCCCCCCGUCAGCCAACCCAGCACCUCCCGUACGCCCUCCUUGCUGCCCGUGGAGCCCCCCCAGAACACCUUAGCCUCCUUCUACCCGUCCUACUCGCCUGCUGCCCACCCCAGCCUGCCGGGUGACGUCACCCUGCAGUACUUCUCCAACCAAAUGUUCUCCAGCCCCACUGCUGACAAGGCCAGCGCCCCCCCGCCACCACCCCCUUUGAACAACCGCUUCGGCUCCAUCCUGUCGCCGCCGCGCCCGGUAGGCUUUGCUCAGGCCAGCUUCCCCCUGCUGCCUGACAUGCCCCCCAUGCCCAUCACCAACUCUGCAGGCAUCACACCUCACAUCUCCAACUUUAGCCUCACCUCUCUCUUCCCGGAGAUUGCUGCGGGAAUGCCUACGGACGGCUCGGCCAUGCCCAUGUCGCCUCUGCUGUCCCUCGCCAACGCGUCCUCGGCUGACUCCGGCAAGCAACCCAACAGGCCCGCCCACAACAUCAGCCACAUCCUGGGACACGACGGCAGCUCGGCGGUCUGAAGGUGGACAAACCUUUUUAACUUAUAUGGCUUUUGUAAAUACUCACCUUUCAUAUCAGAGUUUAGAUUGUCUAUUUGUAAAUACCAAAAGAUAAAUAAAGUUUAUAAGAGACGCA